UGGGGUAUACUACCUCAUCAGCUUCCCAACGUGAGCACGAGUGUGAAGCGAGCAGUCGUAGAGGAAGCAAGAGACUGGUCUACCUACUUCUGCCGGCUCUUCCCUGUAGCUUCGGAGAAAUACGUGCGCGCCAUCGUUGACUACAGCACGAGUGAGCCGACCCUGCUCAGCUUCAGGAAGGGUGACGUCAUCCGCGUCACGCAGGAGAAGAACCAAUACCUCGACAGAGGUUGGUUGUACGGAAACGUCGACGGUCGCUACGGGAUGUUCCCGAUGGAAUACGUCGAGCCACUGCGACGCAACGACGGUUACCAUGAAGACGCUCGACUCGAGCGGAUGGUCGAGGUCAACCAAAAUGGCCGCCUGCCGCAGCAGCACGCGCGCCACGAGCGGUUGGAGUCUCGACAUGACAACAUAGUGGAGAGCAAACAGGUGCUGCAGUCGCGUCAGCAGCAACAACAGCAGCAGACGAACAACCAGCACCUGACGAAAUACAGAGAGGACCAUCAACAGAGGGGACAGUGGCAGGAUGUCAAUAAGAGUCAGUACGCGCGUGAACAUGCCAUUAUGCUGCAGCAACAGCAGCAGCAGCAGGUCGGAUGGCAAUCUCACGAGUUCCCGGAUGAGACCGACUUCGACAUCACAGCUCUUAGCGACGGAAAAUUCUCCAUGAUGGAAUUCGCUAUCCUCAACUUCCGGCAGUCCCUAGAGAAGUACGCAGUACUGCAAUCUCAACAAGGAAACAUAAAGGACUCAAUCAAAAUCAUCGAAAGUCUAAAAGAUGGUAAGCAGUGGAACUGGCAGGAGCAGGCCGACAUGGUGAAGUACACGAACUCUCCCAUACAGAACUCACUGUUGUUCUUCGAAGAUGCGGAGUUAAGCGCACUUUCCGUGAAGACGUUCAGAGACAUCAUGGCAGUACCAUGGGCGACCUACCCGCUCGGGAAGGACAGACGGACGUCAACUGGCGUUCACAUCCGUGCUAGCUCUGCUGGCAUCGCCAUGGCCUCGCUCCAUCGUAGACAGAGUUUCUUUCUGUCCAAUUCCUCAGCAGCUGAACCAACAGCGAAGAGCUGUAAGCGCGUGAGACUGCUGUGUCCUUCGCGCUGGCGGCUUCUUCGCAGCUCAUUACUGGCUGCCUACUUUUCCAAUGCUCGGACGCGACUGAAGGCCAGGUAUGCGAUCAAGUAUCUUCAGACAGCUGCGUUCGACAGCCGGCGUCCGUACCACGGCACCGCCUCCAACACGCUCAACAACCUGCGCAAGACAUUCCGCUACGGCGGACGCAAGAACGUGCCGAGCGCAGACGAAGUGAUCAACGUGACGCUCGGCCGCAAUGCUAAGCGACAGAUCUACAUAAUUCCUGGUGGAACAGAGAAGAUUGUGAACAUCAAGAGCAGUACGGUGGUCGAUGAGGUCAUCGAGGACAUCUGUGAGACGAUGAACUUGACAAGGAGCCCCCUGGCGGAUGAAUUCUCGCUCUACUAUGUGCUUCCAGCAGGUAUGUGUAAACUACCAGGUUCAUCUAGACACUGGUUUCCUGCAGCAAUUGCACGGACCCUGUGUUAUUAG